CCGGCGCGGUCGUGGUCGUUUGGCUCCUGUGGCCGGUGACGGGAGAAUGGGGAAUGACCCGCGCGCAGGUUAAUGUUUGUCAUACAAUUCACUUCAGAGAAGAUUUUUCCUGACCAAGAUAGAUUUUCCUGUUUCAAGAUACUAUUGCAGGGUUGCCAUGUUUAUUAUACUUAAAUUAACGAGAUGUUCUUCAUAUCUGGAAACUGUCAGUUAUCUAUGGAGAGCAACUUGCCAUAGCAAAUAAAUAUUUUCAUAAUUCCAAGAACAAUAUUCCGUAGCUGCUUGCAAAAAAAUCAGCAUUUAAUUUAAAAAGGAGAGUGCAUCAAUUUCUACAUAUACUUUAAAUCCUUCAUUAAAAAGGUAACUAUAACUACUGCAGCCAUGGAGUCCAUGCUUAAUAAAUUGAAGAGUACUGUUACAAAAGUAACAGCUGAUGUCACUAGUGCUGUUAUGGGAAAUCCUGUCACUAGAGAAUUCGAUGUUGGUCGACACAUUGCAAGCGGUGGCAAUGGGCUAGCUUGGAAGAUUUUUAAUGGCACAAAAAAGUCAACAAAACAGGAAGUAGCUGUUUUUGUCUUUGAUAAGAAGCUGAUUGACAAAUACCAAAAAUUUGAGAAGGAUCAAAUCAUUGAUUGUCUAAAACGAGGAGUCCAACAGUUAACACGGCUUCGACACCCUCGACUUCUUACUGUCCAACAUCCUUUAGAAGAAUCCAGAGAUUGCUUGGCAUUUUGUACAGAACCAGUUUUUGCCAGUUUAGCCAAUGUUCUUGGUAACUGGGAAAAUCUACCUUCCUCUAUAUCUCCAGACAUUAAGGAUUAUAAACUGUAUGAUGUAGAAACUAAAUAUGGUUUGCUUCAGGUAUCUGAAGGAUUGUCAUUUUUGCAUAGCAGUGUCAAAAUGGUUCAUGGAAAUAUUACUCCUGAAAAUAUAAUUUUGAAUAAAAGUGGAGCCUGGAAAAUAAUGGGUUUUGAUUUUUGUGUGUCAUCAACCAAUCCUUCUGAACAAGAGCCUAAGUUUCCUUGUAAAGAAUGGGACCCAAAUUUACCAUCACUGUGUCUUCCAAAUCCUGAAUAUUUGGCUCCUGAAUAUAUACUUUCUGUGAGCUGUGAAACAGCCAGUGAUAUGUAUUCUUUAGGAACUGUCAUGUAUGCUGUAUUUAAUAAAGGGAAACCUAUAUUUGAAGUCAACAAGCAAGAUAUUUAUAAAAGUUUCAGUAGGCAGUUGGAUCAGUUGAGUCGUUUAGGAUCCAGUUCACUCACAAAUAUACCUGAAGAAGUCCGUGAACAUGUGAAACUGUUGCUAAAUGUAACUCCAACUGUAAGACCUGAUGCAGACCAAAUGACAAAGAUUCCUUUCUUUGAUGAUGUUGGUGCAGUAACACUUCAAUAUUUUGAUACUUUAUUCCAAAGAGAUAAUCUUCAGAAAUCACAGUUUUUCAAAGGAUUACCAAAGGUUCUAUCAAAACUGCCUAAGCGAGUCAUUGUGCAGAGAAUUUUGCCUUGCUUGACUUCAGAAUUUGUCAACCCGGACAUGGUACCUUUUGUUUUGCCCAAUGUUUUACUGAUUGCUGAGGAAUGCACCAAAGAAGAAUAUGUCAAAUUAAUUCUACCGGAACUUGGUCCUGUAUUUAAACAGCAGGAGCCAAUCCAGAUUUUAUUAAUUUUCCUACAAAAAAUGGAUUUGCUGCUAACCAAAACUCCUCCUGAUGAGAUCAAGAACAGUGUCCUACCAAUGGUUUACAGAGCACUGGAGGCUCCUUCUAUUCAGAUUCAGGAACUCUGUCUAAACAUCAUUCCAACCUUUGCAAAUCUUAUAGACUACCCUUCCAUGAAAAAUGCUUUGAUACCAAGAAUUAAAAAUGCCUGUCUCCAAACGUCUUCCCUUGCUGUUCGUGUGAAUUCAUUAGUGUGCUUAGGAAAGAUUUUGGAAUACUUGGAUAAGUGGUUUGUACUUGAUGAUAUCCUGCCCUUCUUACAACAGAUUCCAUCCAAGGAACCGGCUGUCCUCAUGGGAAUUUUAGGUAUUUACAAAUGUACUUUUACUCAUAAGAAGUUGGGAAUCACCAAAGAACAGCUGGCUGGAAAAGUAUUGCCUCAUCUCAUUCCUCUGAGUAUUGAAAACAAUCUCAAUCUGAAUCAGUUCAAUUCUUUCAUUUCCGUCAUAAAAGAAAUGCUUAACAGAUUGGAGUCUGAACAUAAGACCAAACUGGAGCAACUUCAUAUAAUGCAAGAGCAGCAGAAAUCUUUGGACAUAGGAAAUCAAAUGAAUUCUUCUGAGGACACCAAAAUUACACAUGCUGGGAAUCAGAUUGACAAGGUUUUUAACAAUAUUGGAACAGACCUUUUGACUGGUGGUGAAUCAGAAAAUAAAGAAGAUGGGAUACAGAAUAAACAUAAAAGAGCAUCACUUACACUUGAAGAGAAACAGAAAUUAGCAAAAGAACAGGAGCAAGCACAUAAGUUGAAAAGCCAGCAGCCUCUUAAGCCCCAAGUACACACACCCAUUGCUCCAGUUAAACAGACAAAGGACUUAACAGACACAUUGAUGGAUAAUAUGUCAUCUUUGUCAAGCCUUUCUGUUAGUACCCCUAAACUUCCUGCUUCCAGUACUUUUACUUCCGUUCCUUCCACGGGCCUGGGCAUGAUGUUUUCUACACCGAUUGAUAAUACAAAGAGGAAUUUGACAAACGGCUUAAAUGGCAACAUGGGCUUUCAGACUUCAGGAUUCAACAUGCCAGUUAAUACAAACCAGAACUUCUUCAGUAGUACAAGCACACCUGGAGUGACCAAGAUGUCUCUGGGAGCACCUCCCACUCUGCCAAACUUCAGUGCUCUGAAUGUACCUCCUGCUGGGGUGAAGCAGCCCCAACAAAGACCCACAGAUAUGUCUGCCCUUAAUAAUCUCUUUGGUCCUCAGAAACCCAAAGUUAGUAUGAAUCAACUGUCACAACAGAAACCAAAUCAGUGGCUUAAUCAGUUUGUACCUCCUCAAGGCUCUCCAGGUAUGGGCAGUUCAGUGGUGGGCGCACAGGUGAAUUUGAUGGGACAGUCUGCCUUUGGUGUGCAGGGCAACCCUUUCUUUAACCCACAGAACUUUGCACAGCCACCACCUCCUAUGACCAAUAGCAGUUCAGCUAGCAAUGAUUUAAAAGAUCUUUUUGGAUGAAGGUUCUUGCUCCUUUGCAGGUUUACUUCAGUUUUAAUCAUGAGUAAGCUGGUUUACGUCUUUGUAUAGUUGGCUUGAAGAAACUGCUGUGGAAGGAAAGUCAACGGUUUUGUGAAAGAAGGCACCUGUUUCCAUGCCAGCCAGCAUAACAGUUGAGUGGACUUCUAACCAGUUGAGUUUUUUUUUUAAAGCACUGAGGAUUUUUUUUCCUCUCCCAAACUCCUCUUCAGGUUUUUAAUGACCCAAUCCUUAACCAAUCUCAAAGAGAAAAUGGACAAUGAAGUUAAUCUUGAAUAGCAGAAUUUUUAAAUCAAAUGUUUAUUUUAGCUUGUAAAUUUUAAUGUUAUUAAAACAUUGAGUUGAUGGUAACUUCAAGCUCACCUACUACAUACUUUGUGGUACAGAGUCUACCUGCAUAAGUUAUCAGUCUUCAUGUGAAAAAUCUUGAUGCUGUAUUGGCUUGUUUGCAUUUAGUAUGACUGAGUGAGAAUGAUAUGGGUAACGAGGAAGAUCAGAUCAUUUGCUUUUUCCAAUUUAACUUUUCAGAUGUACUGAUGUUUAGUACAAAAGACUGAGCAAAUACUUCAGAACUUACUUUGAUUUCAUCACUUUCAAAAGCAUUAUUGAUCAUCUUAAAUGCAAACUAAUCAUUGUAAAUUAUAUUUUAGCAUGAUCUGCCUCAAAUAGCAAUGUAUUUUUCUGCAUUUACUUGAAAUAUAUUUAGAAUCAUUUUUUUCCUACUGUAUCACAGAAGAGCUAUGUACUUGAUUUGUACAGAUAUUUGACAAAACACUCUGAUGUGAUUUCCCUGACUAGUUCCUUCAUAUUUCAUUUUAAUUCACACUUCUGAGGUUUCAGCAUAUGUAAAUUACAUUUUCAAGAAGAGAUUUGUAAAAAUUAAACUAUAUUUAAUGAGUAAACUUUUGAAAUUUCUGUAUUGUUUCAAAUGUAAUAAACUUACUGAAAAAUAAACAGUUGUAUCUUCUGACUACCAUCAGAUUGAUUUUCAGAUUGCCAGAUAAUCUGACCUCAUCAAUUACUGCUACAAAAGUUCUUUUCUAGAAAUUCCAAGAACCUUUUGUUUGAAUAUUAUAAUGUCUAAAAUCAGCCAUUUUAGAAAGGAGAGAAUUAAUUCUAACAGGAAACAUUUUAUUUUUAAUUUAAUGUUUUCUUUCAUUUUCUGAUUAUUCAACCACAAAGCCUUAUGGUAUAAAUGUCAUUUGUUUUUAAAAAAUGAUAUUCCACUGCUAUGUGAUAACUUUAAAACUAUCUUUUAAAGAACUGUAUAUGUAUUAAAAUUGCUGCCACACAGUUUGUGGUUUUUAAUCAUCUGGAACCAGCAGUCACUUAAAAUAAGUCAUAUGAAGUUUUGUGUGCUGGUAACAACUUUAUUCAUUGAGGAUGAAUGUUCACUGAGAACAAUACAUGCACAGUUGCACACUCUACAUGUAUCAGGCAGUACUUGAUUAUAAAAUAUAAUUUGGUGCGAUUACUUUUGCUGCCAGCAGUCAGUUAAGAGAGCCCAUAAAUAAACCAUCUUUCACAUCUAGUUUGUCUGUAAGCUGUACUUUGUGGCAUGGUUUUAGAAAGACUAGGGAGAUUGUGAAAAAAAAAUUCAAUAAAGUGAAAAAAUUAGAGAGGUCAAAAAAUGGCAACAUGGUCUUUCAGACUUCAAGAUGCCAAUUAAUAUAAACCAGAACUUCUACAGUAGUACAAGCAUACCUGGAGUGACCAAGAUAUCUCUGGUAGCACCUCUCUCUCUGCCAAACUUCAGUGCUCUGAGUGUACAUUUACAAUUUGCCCACAUUAGCUGCUUAUUUUUAAAACUAUUUCUUUUGGGAAAAGUUUACAUAUGGGUAUAUGUAUUGUUGAUAUUUUCUUUGAAAAAAUUCAGUAGCUACUAUUUGGGAAAAUUAUUUUUUUAUCUUGUAAAAUGACUUGAUGUUAGUGUUGAAUUUCUAAUUAGAAGGAAACCUUCAUAUAACAGCUUAUAUGACUUGAAUUUCUAAAUUUGAGAAUAGAUUAUUUGAAAACCAUAAUAUGUAAUACUUAGGUAAUUUUUACUUGUUGAAAGUUGCCAUUCAUUGAGAUAAUGGUGGUGCUACAUUUUUUACAUUUCUCCUACAAUUUUCCCACUUUGGCCAAGUUAUUUCGUUUAAGUCAUUUCUAUUAGUUGAGCAGUUGCCAUUCUCUUUCUUUGUUGUGAAUUGCCUCUGAAAACUGCUGAUUUUAAUCUAAUAAUGUGUUCCUAUGACCACAAUUUUUUCAAAGUAUUAUAUCAUCUUGAAAUUGUCUCAGAUAUGAAAAACAUAUCCCUUGUGCUUUAAGUUUAUAAUUGAAAGAUUAAAGAGCACCUGUGGACAAAAAUCACCAUGAAGGUUUUUUUAUUUGUUUUUCUUUUCUCCUAUUAUUACAAAUGUGUUAUAUAUGUAAAGGAUUG